AAAAUCAACCAUGAAGCUCCCACUGGGCAUAUCAAUGGUACUACCACGGAAAUUCGCUGGGUUUAUUCCCCUUUUCAUCGGCGUUGAGCUUGUGCUUGCAGUGGCCAUUCUCAACAAAGCCGGCGGCGCAUAUGGAAUAUUAUCACUUCUCACAGGCCACCCCAUUGACUUCUGGCAAUGGCUCUGGAACAUGCUGUGCAUCGUGCUGUUGCCGGUGUACAUCUCGGCCCUCAGCAACCUCAUGACACGGUUCAAGAACGUUCGGAAAAUGUCUCUCGUGUGCCUUGUGUAUACUUUCGACACAGUGUUUGGAUUGGUUUACACGCUCUACUUUCUGUGGUUCUGGUUCCACCACGAAGCGGGCCUGUCGGACCAGCUGUCGGGCUCGCACCGGCGUGGCAUGGCAGUGCCUCCAGGAGAUUACAAGGACGAGGUGCUGUCGUCGCUGACGCAGUCACAGUCGGCGUCUCCGGCGCACGAACUCUUCCUCACUGUUAGCGCCACGGUGGUGGUAACAGUGGUACGCGCCUACUUUAAUCUCGUGGUGGUGUCGUUCACGAGGCAGCUCCUCAAGCAGUACGGUCACGACGAGGUGGUGGCCGACGACGAACAGACCCUUUUCCAGAACAAGGGCGUGGUGGCGCGUGUGCGGCGGACCGUGUUCGAAAUCGAGGUCCGUUCUCGUGACAUCCUUCUUGACUUGUUCAGUUAAACGGUUCUCACGUGACCAAGUGUUUGCAUUUAUCCACAUUUAUCACCGCGCGUAGUCAAUACAAAUAUUCGCAAA